AUGAAUGCGACAUCAGCAAUAAAGACCAUAGAAAACAAUCGUCCUCGAAUAGAUCCAGUUGGAAUAAGCCUACUUUGUAUCGGGUGCGUUGGAAUUACCGGAAACCUUGUCUGCGUUGCCAUUCUUCGUCGGCAUUCUUUCCGCAAUCACACCAACUGGCUAAUCGCAAACCAGGCCGUUGUUGAUUCUCUGGCCUCUACUUUCCUCGUCGCAUCAGAGGUAACUCACCUCGCAGGUUUAAAACCAUCGGAUAUGACCUACUUCGGUGCGUUUCUUCUCUGCAAGUUGUGGAAAUCCUUAGCGUUUGUCUUCGGUGCUUAUGCCAUAUCAACCUUCAACUUAGUGGCUUUGUCAAUCGAACGCUACCUAGCGGUUGUUCAUCCAGUGUGGUACCUUGCCCACUUCAAGCGACGUGCCGUGUACAUUUUGGCUGUUCUUACCUGGGUUUUAGCGCCUCUUUUCCAGAUGAUAAAUGCAUUCUUGCACAACAUAGUGACGGAUAAAAGGAAAUGUUUGUACGCACCAACGUACAAUCACUUUAUAAUUGUGUUGUUUCUUUGGGAGUACCUGAUACCGGUUGGUAUCAUGACGUUCUCUUUUUUUGCCAUUGUAAAACGGUUCCAACACCUGAAUAGAGUGGCUGAGGACCGAAUCCUCAGGUUUCCCCAUUCCCGACAGGUGGGGACACCUGUACCAUCGGUUUCUACCAAUGGACAUAGUAUGUCAUCCUCAGCCAUAGCGUACGUGGCAGAUGCAAGGGCUAACAAGGAUCAACAAGAGAGCAUCACCAACACAGAGGCAUCCACCUCUGAUGCCGGACCCGGACUGGCUAGAGGCCGAGCAACGCCAGAGGUUACAAUCAAGAACUCCAAACCAGGCAUUAAUGGGGUAUUGCAGAGACGUAACACCACCAAGGUUCUUAUUGCCGUGUAUCUCCUCUAUGUCUUAUGCUGGUCUCCCAACCAGUGGGCAUUCCUCUAUUUCCACCUCGGUGGCCAUCUCGAUCCUACAUUCCAUAAGUUUUCAAUCAUCCUCUGUACUCUUAACACUUGCGUGAAUCCUUUCAUCUACGUGCUGAGGUUAAAUAUCUACCGCCGUGAACUAAAAUCUAUGAUUUUCUCUUGUGUGCAAAGAGUAUUAGGCUGA